AUGGUCUUGGGGGUCUUAGCGUUUUUCAUAAAAAAGAGGAAAACAUCAAAUACAAGAAAGAAGCUUCAGGUUCUUAUUCCUCUGAAACAUUAUCAUUACACUGAAGUGAAGAGGUUUACAGAGUCAUUUGCAUGCGUAGUAGGGAGAGGAGGAUUUGGAACUGUUUACAAAGGAAACCUUCCUGAUGGUCGUAAGAUCGCGGUGAAGGUUUUAAAGGACUCCAAGAGCAAUGGUGAAGACUUCAUCAAUGAAGUUUCCAGUAUGAGCCAAACAUCUCAUGUUAACAUUGUUUCUUUGAUUGGAUUCUGCUAUGAAGGAUCCAAAAUAAUGAUUGUUUAUGAAUUUCUAAAGAAUGGGUCUUUGGAUCAGUUUAUCUCAAUGAACGCUGCAUCCACUGCUGAAUGGAGAAUGAGGUUUUACAAGAUUGCACUAGGAGUUGCUCGUGGUAUAGACUAUGGAAUGUUAGUUCUUGGAAUGAUCGGUGCAACAAAGAAAAAUAGAGUCGAAAAGGAUGCUUCUAAUGCAAGCUCGAUUUACGAUCCAGACGGGAUCUAUAAAGAUAUUAAGAAUGGAAAGCAAUGUAAGCUUCUUGGGGAUGAACUAACCAAGGAACAAGAAGAAAUAACAAAGAAGAUGAUCUUGGUAGCUCUGUGGUGUAUUCAGUCGUCUCCGACAAAUCGACCAUCAAUGAACAGAGUUGUUGAGAUGAUGGAAGGAACCUUGGAUGCUCUUGAAGUCCCUCCUAAGCCUGUUUUGCAUUUACGGGCAUAA